GACCCGAGUGGGACAGACGGGACUUAGCGCCUCCACUGAGGAGAGGACGGGAGCCGCGCAGCCCGGCCGCGGGGGCGGCGUCGGGGCCCAGGGCAGAAUCCGACUCGCACAACAGCAAAAGCCAAGUCGGUUUUGAUGUUAAAAUCUGACAAUGGAACAUGGACGAGCUUCUGAGUAACCAGAAUAGCCGCAGAUGAUGAGAUGAUGAGUCAAGGGCUGGAGCCUUGGCCAGGACCCAUGGACCACUUGUGGUGUAGACCUCGGUCAGGGUGACUUUUCUGGGCCUCCUUGCCUUGGCUGUAAAACCGGGGUGCUCAUGCCUUAGGGGUAUCCCGAGGGUCCAAGGAGAUGAGAGUAUUCUACCAACGUUAGGUAUUGUUAUUGGGCUGUGCACCAGCCUCCUGCACAUUGACCAAUUGCCAGACACAUAGUAGGAACUCUGUAAACCUUUACCCUAAAAGCUAGUGAUGGACCGACAGUGUUUUAGAUAAAAUCCUGAAUCUGUUUACUGUGUAGAUAAAUGCUUCAAGCCCAUUUCCCACAAAAAUCACCAUUGUUUGAAGUGUGGUCCAUGUUUAACUGACUAAUGAAUUUUUCUAGAAUAGUACAUGUUAUCUAUACACUGCUCCUGAAUCAUUUACCGUGAAGCAGUCGAUGGCUGUAGUUUCAGUUACCUGGGAAAGUAAGCUGGGAGUGUUGCUUCCCAUCAAGACUUUGAUUUGUGUUUUUUUAAGAGUUAAGUCCUCCCAAACAAAAUUGAUGUAUGGCUGUGUUUUUUUUGUAAGGGCGUUAUUAUAGACAUUUGCAUUCUUUUCUAUGGGCUUGAGGGAUUUAAGAGGGAGACCGGAAAUAAAACAGGGAAUAGCAGUUUGUAACCAGCAGACUUUUACCGGGGAUACUUCUGGGCGUGUUCUGAAUUAGUUUCCCAGGCAGAAACCAGGAAAUGUAGUAAUUGUGUUUCUUGGCCUUUAUUAAAUUUUUUUGUGUUGAACCUGGCAUGGAUUUUUUAAAAUGCAGAUAUAAAGGAAGAAUUUUUUUUUUCUGAUGUGACAAUAAGCAGUUAUCUAAAGUUGGAAAUUAUAUUUUAAAUGAUCUGUAAUGAAUCCUAUAACAGAUGAGGAUUUUAGAUCAUGGAAUACCAAGAUCAAAUUAAAUGGAGAAAUAAAAAGGGAAGGUCCUAAUGAAUAGAAUUUUGUGUUGCUUUAAAUGUUUACAUGUUUCAAAGGUUCAGUGAAGAUGAAUGUUUUGAAACUAUUUAAAAAUAGUUUUAAAUACAUUCUCCAUAUAUAAAUAUAAACUCCAUAUAUAAAUUUUGCUGUGAUAUAUAACUUGUGGGUAUUGGAAGCUUGAAGCCUUACAUUUACAUUAUUUAUUGAGCACCUGUUAUAUUCCAAGGCACAGCUUGAGCACUUACCUUGUACAGUAUUCAUGUAUGGGCAGGAUAUAAUUCUUUAUCUUAGAUAUUGAUGUGCUAAAAUCAGUCUAACAACUGGGCUAAAAUAAGUUCCGAGAAAGUUGGUUUUAAAACUGGUAACAACACCCACCAGCAUUCAUCGGGACCUACUCUGAGCCAGGCAGUGUUCUAAAUUCUUCCCGUGCAUUAGCUGAUUGAAUUCUUACACAGCACCAUGAGGGGUGUUAUUAUUAUGAGCUCCUUGCUCAAAGACACAGAGGAGUUGAGUAACUUGCCCAUAUCAAGCAGCCUAGGUAGCAGAGCUAGGAUUCAAUCCCAACAGCUGGGCUCCCCCAAAUCCUGAUCUUACCCUCCGCACUAGACUGAGUUUCCAAUUCUGUGAGUGAGUUACAAAGGAAAUCCAAUGGGUAUUUAAAAGAGUUCUGCAAAAGAAAGUCUUCAAAAAGAAGGAAAGAAAAAGAUAGGGAGAGAAUAGAAACUGGUAUUGCAAGAUGUAGACUGAAGUCACGUUCAAGCUACAAUUUAAUUAUACUUGGCAUAUAAGAGCAUUUUUCCCCCCUGGUGAGUGACGUGGGAUUCUUUUUGUUUCUAGGUUCUCAGUCACUCAGUCACUACAAUUAUGGCAUCAUCUUAAUAAUGUGAGAGGAUUAUUCAAAAUAAAGUUAUAGCCAUUUUCAACAAGGUUCAAUGAUUAAAACAUUUUUAUAAAGAAAUUUCCAAGUUAAAGAUGAAAAAAAAAUACUGGAAUUAUUUGGAUUCUAACUGACAGGAUAAAGAACACAGAAUUUCCCAGUUACAUGUAAUGGAACCUCAGUAAAAUUCAUCACUUUGGUAUGCACCCAACUGGGAACAUGGAUGUUGGUUUUUCUCGUUCUGCUGUUCAGACACUGUCAAGAAGCCACUGCAAAAACAUCAAACAAAAAAUUUCUCAGUGGGAAGGACGGACUAAUGGUAUAUCUAAUCCAGAUAAGUGGCACCGAAAGGACUUUGGAAUGAGAUAUAAUAACUGUCACCAGGAGAUUCUUCUUAAGAAGAAUCGUGUUGCUGAGGGAAAGAGCAAAAAGUUGGAUGUAACCAACUCUCAAAACGUUGGUCUAGAUAUUAAUGAAGAUGCCAAAAGCCGGGAUCAAAGUGCGGAUGAAAGUGAGAAACAUGAAUGUAACGAUACUCACUUCUUUAAAAGUGAAUCAGAAUCCAACUGGGUAUGUUCCCGGGUCAAACAAAUUGAAAGCUGGAAAGAAGUUGCUUUGGAUCCAGAGACUUCAUUACCUCCAGGAAAUUUCUAUACCUCACAGAUACUGUGGAAGAAAAUCGAGGCACUUCCCCCAGAUAAAGUCCUCAAUUUGGCUCUAGAACAUUGUGUCUCUUCAGAAAAGGAACUGAAUUUCAGAGUUCUGGAGAGUUCCUGUGGAGUAACCAAGAGCUUGGAAAAUAUCUAUUCUGAACCGGAAGGACAAGAAUGUGGACCUUCUAUAAAUCCUUUGCCAAAACCUCGUAGGACAUUCAGAUAUUUGUCUGAAUCUGGUGUUAUGCCAUGUAAAGAAAGAAACUGUGACAGAAAACACUGUGAAAAUAAUUCUUGUGCAGAGUCUUAUUUGGCCUCUUCUCAGGAACCUGAACCAAAGAAAUAUGGGGGGAAAAUCAGAGGGAGAUCUAAAAGGAAAUCCUUUGAAUUUGAAGACAUUCAGCACUUCCGAAAUCGGAACACACAGAAGAUGCAUGAAGAACUUGGAAGAAAUUCUGGCUCAGCACUUUAUUACACACAGUCUGAGGACAAUAUCUAUGAGGAUAUCAUAUAUCCCACCAAAGAAAAUCCAUAUGAAGAUAUCCCAUUGCAGUCUUUUCCCAUGUGGAGAUCCCCUUCAGCAUGGAAGCUUCCACCCCCUAGAAGUGCCUUCAAAACACCCAAGCUUCCUCCCAAACCUCACUUCCUUCACCGGAAGACCAUGGAACUGAAGAACUCACAAGCUUGUUUAAGGUCAAAGCUCACAAAGGAUACCACUUUGCCCGUCACUUUAACUGAAUGGAAGCUCUUCCGAGCUGGAGAAGUUGCAAACAGGAAAAGAAAAAAUGUUCCAAGGCUUGUAUUGAGAAUAGAUGACAUAUUUGAAUCAAAGAGAGGGAAAAAGAGAGUAAAGUUACAUCCGUACACUGGAAAAGACGUAACUCCUUCUAAAGGUGAAACCAGUGGGAACGAAAGUGAUGCCGAGUAUCUGCCAAAGAAUCGCCACAAGCGCUUAGCACAGCUGCAGCAGUCUUCCAAGAGGAACCCCCACUACCAGACCUUAGAGCGCGACCUCAUUGAAUUACAGGAGCAGCAGCUGUUUGAACUCUUUGUGGUAGUGUCUCUACAGAAGAAACCAUCAGAAAUAAGCUACAUUCCCCAGGUCAUUCAGCAGUUCCCUGGAAAGGGUGAUCAUGGCUUUAAGCAAUCCAAAGACACUGAAGAGAGGCUCAAAGUUAUCCCCAAAUUUUGUUUUCCUGAUUCGAAGGACUGGGCUCCAACCUCAGAACUCAAGAGUGAGACGUUCUCCUUUGUCUUAACUGGUGAAGAUGGGAGCCGGUGGUUUGGUUACUGUAAGAAGCUUUUGCCAGAAGGCAAAGGAAAGCGACUCCCUGAGGUUUACUGCAUGGUCAGUCGCCUAGGCUGCUUCAACCUUUUCUCAAAGAUUUUGGACGAAGUAGAGAAGAGAAGAGAAAUGUCUCCAGCUCUUGUUUACCCCUUCAUGCGAAGUGUCAUGGAAGCUCCUUUCCCGGCCCCUGGACGCACUAUCACAGUGAAGAGCUACCUCCCUGGGGCUGGAGACGGGUCAGUUGAACUCUGCCGACCACUGGAUUCCCGGCUGGAACAUGUGGACUUUGAAUGUCUCUUUAAGUGCCUGAGCGUGUGUCAUCUCAUUCGGGUCUGUGCGUCUCUCCUUUUGGAGCGAAGGGUAAUCUUUGUGGCCAACAGCCUAAGCACCCUGUCAAAAUGUGGCCAUGCUGUGGUCGCCACACUGUAUCCAUUUACCUGGCAGCACACCUACAUCCCCGUCCUGCCAGUGUCUAUGAUCGACAUCGUGUGCUCACCUACUCCGUUCCUUAUUGGCAUCCUGUCUUGCUCCUUACCACAGCUCCAGGACCUGCCCAUUGAAGAGGUGCUGAUAGUUGAUCUCUGUGCAGACAAGUUCUUACAGGAGGUAUCUGACGAGGAUGAAAUUUUACCACCUAAACUCCAAGCUGCCCUAACGCAGAUUUUGGAAGAACGAAAUGAAAUUUUGGCUCAGGAGCAGACUUUCUCACAAGAGGUGACACUCAACUCUCUGGUGUCCGAAGCAUUUGUCAGGUUUUUCGUGGAGCUGGUGGGACAUUACUCUCUGAACAUGACUGUCACUGAGCGUGGGGAGCGUGUAUUCCAAAGGGAGCCAUUCCGUAAAUCUCACACAUCCCGCAGCGUUCGCCACUUCCUGGAUCUCUUCAUGGAAACUCAGAUGUUUGCAGGAUUCAUCCAGGACCGAGAGCUUCGGAAAAGUGGGGUGAAAGGUUUGUUUGAGGUCCGGGCCUUCCAGUAUUUGGAAACAAUUCCUGAGUCUGAACCCAGUGGGGUGAACAGAAUUUUGCGGAGUCUCGGAAGUAAAAUGAAAUUUCUGCAGAAGAAAUGAACUCUCCCACUGCUGUCUCAUCCUAAAUAGGACAGAAAGUGCCAAAGAAAAUAUUUUUCCAAGAGUCAGGAUGCCCUGAAGUAUUCUACAAAAUCCUUGAAAGCUGAAAAGGUUACAGAGCGGGCCAGAGUCUUGGAGGAGGAUUCUCCUGCUGCUGCUUUGUAAUCACUGGAGAAUUGUCGGGAGUCAUCUGGAACCAAUGCUCUCUUCACCCUGCCUCUGGUUGUUUUUAAGUGGCCUUUUCUACCUUAUUCUUGGGCUUAUUCUUUGUUUUGUGCUUAGGCUAUAAAGGCACUUGUCUUUUAUCAGGGAAAGACUUGGUGUUGCAUUUUUUUAAAAAGCAGUUCAAAGAGGAGCACAAUGAGAGAAAUGCUGAGUUCAAGGUACUAGGGAGGCAUGACAGAAGUGGCUAAGACUAGCCCUCCACACAAUUCUCAUCACUGAAAUACACGGCACCUUUAAACCUAUGGGCUGUUAUUUGUCCAGUGUUCUGUCUAGGGGAAUCUCACUUAUUGGAAGCCCUAUUUAUUCGUACUGUAAUUGAGUACCUUGUAACAGUAGACAUCUUGCAACUCCUCCCCCACACUGUGUGGCACUGGAGUAGCAUGUCCCUCAUGUGUCAACAUGAAACUUGUUGGAAUUAUAACUAAUAGAAAAUGUCCUUCCAAGGGCAUGAGAACUACCUUUUAUUUUACUUUUUUAGUGUCUACCCCAUGCCAUGCACUGUGGUACAUGUAUGUAUGUCAUCUUAGUCUUCAAAUCAACUUUCGGAGAUAUUUGCAUCUCCAUUAUACUAGUGAAGAAACUGUAAUUCAAAGGAGUUAAAUAACUUGCCCAAAGUUAUACAAACAGAGCCAGGACUGAAGCCAAAACUGUUAGUUGGUGAACACAGAUAAAGUUGGUUAGUCCUGAGAUGGAAAUUUGAGCUCUAUGGGAUUGUAGCUAUUGAAAACGUUUUCUUUUAAGCUGAAGUGUACCAGGGCCAACUCAGCUCUGAGGAUAAGGGACUUCAAACUACAGAUGUCUAGAUGAGACUUUUUCGGUUCUCCUAGGAUUGUUGGAAUUUUUGCUCUAAUUGGAGUCAUGAAUAUGAACAUUUCCUGGGACAACACCACAUAAUCACCCCAACCUUUAAGGUCUAAAGCCGCAGUAGUGAUUGGAAAGAGGAGCUUGUCAGUGAGGGUGCAGUUUUCUUUGGUGUUACAGCAAAUGUCAGUUUUCUUCAACUCCUGAUGAUGGUUUUAACUGGCAUAAAAAUAUUUAUUCAAGCUUAACAAAACCUUACAAGGAAUAUGAGGAUACAGUUUAUUGACUUGUACAGUAUUGUCAGUUCAUCCAUUCAGGUGUGCAUGGAUGAACUGAAGCAGACACCAGGUAACCGGUGCUACAUAAAUGCUAUAGAUGUGGGUCCAGCAAAUAGAACUGAGCCUAUGUCUUUUAAAAAUGUUUAUUAAGCAGCUUACCCCAGUGGGGCUUUUACCAGAUAUCUCUCCAUUUGGUCUCUUCUGACAAUCCAACCCAAGGGAACAAUCAGUAACUGGGAAUUGUUUAUAAAAUGGGGGUAGGAGGUAUUAUUGUGGUGGAUCCUGGCCAUCCCUCUGUGAGGAGACCUUUGCUUUGGGGAUGGGGGUCGUAUUUUAUCCCUGUAAACUGGAGCUGCUUCCUUUUCUUAGGUCUGUUGUAUUUUGUUUUUGUAAAGUUUUAUGAAUUCUGGACAUGUUUGUAAAAGAAUUGUUCAAGAUGUGUAUAAAAUGUUGUUUACAGUUCUUUUAAUGAAUAAAUACAAAAAUUCCA